GCACUUGUGUCCUUAUAAAACUCUACUUUCCCCAAAUCUCUCUGCUGUGCUUCAUUUCCCACCUAAUCCCCAUCUUUAUUCUCUUGAACACAAAACAACAUCUCUCCAAAAAUGGGUUCUUAUAGAUCACCACCUAUUGCAGUGAUCUUGAUCGUCUUCACGAUCUUCACCGUAACAUUUGCCUCCGACAUGUCUAUCAUUUCAUAUGACGAAACCCACCCAGACAAAUCUUCCUCAAGAACCGAAGAGGAGGUGAUGAGUAUGUACGAGGAGUGGCGCGUGAGGCAUGGAAAGCUGAGUAACAACCUGGGAGAAAAGGAAAAGAGAUUCGAAAUCUUCAAAGACAACCUUAAGUUCAUCGACGAACACAAUGCUGAGAACCGGACAUAUAAGGUUGGGUUGAACCGGUUCGCUGAUCUUAGCAACGAGGAGUACCGGUCCAUGUAUCUUGGGUUCAGGAGUGACUCAAAUCGGUUGGCUAAGGUUGUGACGAAGAGCAACCGGUAUGCAGCAAGUGUUGGUGAUAACUUGCCUGAAUCUGUUGAUUGGAGGAAACAAGGUGCUGUGGCCCCAGUCAAAGACCAGGGAGGUUGUGGUAGCUGCUGGGCUUUUUCAGCAAUAGCUGCAGUGGAAGGGAUUAACAAGAUAGUAACAGGCGAGCUUGUUUCUCUAUCAGAACAAGAACUGAUUGAUUGUGACAGAACAGUUAAUGCAGGAUGCAAUGGCGGCCUCAUGGAAUAUGCCUUUGAGUUCAUCAUAAACAACGGUGGUAUUGACACCGAUAAGGAUUAUCCUUAUCGCGCCGUUGACGGUAAAUGUGAUCAAAACAAGAAAAAUACUAGAGUUGUUACAAUUGAUGACUACGAACAAGUUCCUGCUUAUGACGAGUUAGCCUUGAAAAAAGCCGUUGCGAAUCAACCAAUCAGCGUUGCCAUUGAAGCAGCUGGUAGGGAAUUCCAGUUAUAUGUAUCGGGUAUAUUUACAGGAAGAUGCGGUACAUCAUUAGACCAUGGUGUUAAUGCUGUUGGGUAUGGAACAGAAAAUGGAGUUGAUUAUUGGAUAGUGAGGAAUUCAUGGGGUAAUAGAUGGGGAGAAGCAGGUUAUGUAAAAUUGGAGCGUAAUCUAGCAAAUAGCGUGUCAGGAAAAUGUGGAAUCACAAUGCAGUCUUCCUAUCCUAUAAAGAAAGGCCAAAAUCCUCCAAAUCCCGGACCAUCUCCUCCUUCACCACCAUCUGUUUGCAGUAGAUCCUACAGUUGUGCUUCGGGCACUACUUGCUGUUGUUCAUUUGGAUUUGGAAAACUAUGCUUCUCAUGGGGAUGUUGUCCUCUUGAAGCUGCAGUCUGUUGUAAAGAUAAAUCAAGUUGUUGUCCUCAUGACUAUCCCGUUUGCAACAUUCAACAAGGAACCUGUCUUAGGAGUAAUGAUAAUCCAUUUGGAGUGAAGGCAAUGAAGAGAACUCUUGCUAAACCGCAUUGGACGUUUGGAAAUCAGAAUGAGAUAAAUGUUGCUUAAGCAGAUUAUGACCAACCUGGCACUCAUGGUCUUUCUUUCAUUAUCUUACUGGUAAAAGCAUAUAUAUAGAACAAUAAAUCUUUGUCAUUGGGAAUUUGGGAUGCAGACAGAUUUUCAUGCAGGCUUAUGUAGAUGCGUUUGUUUUACUUUGGUGAUGUAUUUGUAUUCUAAAACUUCAACCUAUGAACAUGUGUUUGGUUAUUGUUUCAAACUUGUAGAUUCCGGAAUAAGGUGAUAUAUUUAUUCACCUGCUAGUUUAUAAAUGUCCAAUUGAUUUUCAGUAA